CCACGAUUCCUGCUAAUUCGCUCCCCAGCCUUCGUUUCUCUGUUUCAAAAAAUGCGUGUGUUUUCUCCGCUGCAAAUACCGGCAUCCUUGACGCCACUGAAGCAGCGGCUAUUCCUUUACAAUCUUCCGACCUAUCACCACCACCGCCAGUGGCGGCCAGAAUCACUGACAAAGCAGCUCCGGUUGCUUCGUCCUCCUCCGCCUUUACGCACUUUAAAAUGUUUCUCUCAGAGGCAGUCGACUCAGCAGCAAGAAUACGAGUUCGAGAGGCUCUUUUCAAACCUAAACCAAGCUACAUUAAAGAGAGAACCUGGAAGUUUAUCCAGUGCGAUAUUCCUUGUGGCGGGAACUACGAUAGGUGCUGGAAUUCUGGCGAUUCCUGCAGUCACGCAAGAAGCUGGGUUUCUGGCGUCUGCGGUUGCGUGUAUUUUUUGUUGGAUUUUUAUGGUUGUUACUGGGCUGCUUAUUGCUGAAGUAAAUGUGAACACUAUGUGUGAAUUGGGUUCUGGUGGAGUGUCAUUGGUAUCAAUGGCCAAGAGAACUCUUGGAGCAGUUGGAGUUCAAAUUGCUUGCUGGUCAUAUAUAUUUAUACAUUACGCUCUUCUUGUUGCCUAUGUCGCUCGUUCUUCAGAUAUUUUGACGAAUUUUCUCAACAUUCCAUUAUGGGAGAGUGCAACACUGUUCUCAUUGGUCUUUGGAGGCAUAUGCUACUUUGGAAGCCAGCGCUUUAUUGGUGCCGUUAAUGGGGUUCUUGUGUUUGGAAUCAUCAUAUCUUUCGCUGCUCUUGUGGUUGUUGCAAGUGGAGACCUGCAAUGGGAUGCUCUUUUGAAAGCCAACUUUGAAGCUGUUCCUAUGAGUAUACCCAUAAUUGCCCUGUCAUUCGUCUACCAGAAUGUAGUACCCGUUCUUUGUACCAAUCUGGAAGGAAACCUGUCAAAAGUAAGGACUGCUAUUGUUCUAGGCACAGCUAUACCCCUUGGCUUAUUUCUUGUCUGGAACGGCGUUAUUCUAGGAUCUAUAACAAAUCUUGAGAUGAGCUCAGAUACGAUGAUUGACCCAUUGCAACAAUUACGUUCUAGUAAUGGACUUGUUGGGCCAAUAAUUGAGGUCUUCUCACUCCUUGCAAUCGGGACAUCUUAUAUUGGUUUUGUUCUGGGCCUUUCUGACUUCCUUGCUGAUUUACUUAAUCUACCAGCUGGUCAGAAUAAGCCUCUGCCCUAUCUCUUGACUUUGAUUCCUCCACUGGCACUAGCUUUAAUAGAUCCAGAGAUAUUUUUCAAAGCAUUGGAUUUUGCAGGGACAUAUGGAGUAUUGGUGCUGUUUGGAAUAUUUCCUGCUGCAAUGGCUUGGUCAGACCGGUACUCUAGUGCUUCAUCCUCUAUAAAACUACCGGAGCUUGUUCCAGGAGGAAAGCUUACCCUUUCUCUUGUGGUCGGAGGUGCAGGAUGGGUUAUUUUGUCAGAGUUAAUUGAGAACUUCGGGCAUCAGUAAACGUUUCCAUUAUCAUUUUGGCUGGGGUAUCACAUCCUUUCCUGACUAGCCUCCUGUAGACUUCCAGAUCAACGCGCGCUGGGUUCAAUCAGAACAAGGUCUUACAGGUGCCUGUAUCCUAGCCUGGUUAGUGGUUAGUCCGUAAGUUCCGGAGCAAGAAAAACUCUGGUCCAAGCUCAAACCUGUCAAAAUAACUACUAUUUAAAUUCUUUUUUUAUAUUGUAGGAAUAAAUAGACCUGAGAUCGAGUUGCUCCCAGGUUCAACUUACCACCAGUAAUUGUUCCAGAUCCAUUUUGAAGCAAGUUCCAGAUAAUUAAAGACCAUAUUGAAGU